GGGGGUGGUAGCAGCCGGGCUCAUCAACCCUCUCCCUCCUCCUCCCCCGCCUCGCUGCUAGGGAGGCCGCUGAGGUUUGAGAUAGGGCCCGACAUGCGCGGCAGGGUGACACUGCCGCUGCUGCCGCUGCCACUGCCGCAACCCCCCCAAGGCGGCGGGCAUGCGGCGGGGGCGGCGGCGGGGUUGGGUGCGAGUACGGCAGGGGUGGCAGGCGGGCUGGCAGCGACACUGGACGAGCAGUUGGAGGAGUUCCUGCAGCUGCUGCCGACCAGCCUGCGCUCGCGGGUGCGGCUCCUCGCAGCCCAGGGAGCUGCUGCUGCUGCUGCUGCUGCUGCCGGGAGCAGGGCGAGCUGCGGCUGCUGGGAGGAAGGGGAGGAGCAGGAGGAGGCGGCGGGUUGCCACCCCCUGCAGGGGGACUGCUGCUGCCCCGAUUGCCUCGCAGGCAGCGGUGAGGAGGAGGAGGAGGAGUCGGACACUGGUACCGACUCGGGCACCGGUCUCGGCACUGAGGAGGAGGAGGAGGAGGAGGAGGGGAACGAGCCACCCCGCUACACCUACGGCGGCACUGCUGCUGGUAGUGCUGCUGCUGCCGGGCCGCGAGGCGGCUGCUGCGGCCCCCCAUCCUCCUCCUGUUCCCGUCAGCUGGUGGAUAUGGCAGUG